CGGAGUCUGCGCCAUUUCAGCUCAGAGCUGGGGCUGGCACGGUUGCGUCUCGAUCGCUCCCUCGCUCCCUGGGUGCCGCCUCCUCUUCCUCCUCGUACUUUUCUUCCUCCUUCUCCACUGCUUGUUUCUCCUUCUCCUCCUCCUCUCCUCUCCUCCUCCUGCUGCUGCCCGGCCGCCGCCGUCGAGCCUCCCUCACCGUCAUGGCGAACCUGAGCCCCAGCAUCGUGAUUGAAGAUGACGAACCAGGCUAUGACCUGGACUUAUUCUGCAUCCCUAAGCAUUAUGCUCAAGAUCUGGAAAGAGUAUUCAUUCCUCAUGGACUUAUCAUGGACAGGACCGAACGUUUGGCACGAGAUGUGAUGAAAGAGAUGGGAGGCCACCAUAUCGUUGCCCUCUGUGUCCUCAAGGGUGGCUAUAAAUUCUUUGCUGAUUUGCUGGAUUAUAUCAAGGCACUGAACAGGAAUAGUGAUAAAUCAAUUCCUAUGACGGUAGAUUUUAUCAGAUUGAAGAGCUACUGUAACCCCACGGAAGACAGAGUCCAGCAGCCACCCGUUGCUCACCCCACCCCAAUUGCUCGCUGCCUUUCAUACAGCUGCCCCUCGGAGAACACAGAUAUGGAUGUGAACCACAUCCGGGCGCAAAGCUUCCUCUUCGGUUGUGAACUCAAGGCAGACAAAGAUUUCCACUUCAAGGUGGUGAAUGAGCAAACUGAACAGCAGCUUUCGUUGAGGACAGUGAGCUUAGGAGCUAGUGCCAAGGAUGAACUGCAUGUCGUUGAAGCCGAGGCCCUGAAUUUCGAAGGCAGCCCAACUACAGUCACCCUGGCAUCACUGAAAUUGUCUGUGCAGCCCACAGUUUCACUUGGUGGCUUUGAGAUUACCCCACCGGUUGUUUUACGUCUAAAAUGUGGUUCUGGGCCUGUGUACAUUAGUGGCCAGCACCUAGAGGAGGUAGAGGAGAUUGAAGAGGAGGAGGAGGAGGAGGAAGAAGAGGAGGAAGAGGAGGAAGAGGAGGAGGAGGAAGAGGAGGAGGAGGAAGAGGAGGAAGAAGAGGAGGAGGAAGAGGAGGAGGAAGAGGAGGACGUUGAAAAUAAUAAUCCUGUAGAGAACAAGUCUGAUCCUGAUAGUCCAACACAGAAUGGACAAACGCCCAACACAGAGGAGGAGACGACAGAUUCCGAGCCGGUUACACCCAAAUCAAAAAGCCAGGAGUCCUUCGAAAGUGAGGAAAAGACUCCUCUAAGUCCCCAAGAAGCUAGCUCUCCUGAGGAUAUUAAAGAAAACAUUCAGAAUGACCAGUCAACAGGGGACAUAAAAGUGAUUGGUGGAGAUGAUCUCUCAACUUUAACUGGAAAGAACGUCUUGAUUGUUGAAGACAUAAUUGACACGGGUAAAACGAUGCAGACUUUGCUUUCUCUGGUCAAGCAGUAUAAUCCAAAGAUGGUGAAGGUAGCCAGCUUGCUGGUGAAAAGAACACCUCGAAGUGUAGGAUACAGGCCUGACUUUGUUGGAUUCGAAAUUCCAGACAAAUUUGUCGUUGGAUAUGCCCUUGACUACAACGAAUACUUCAGGGACUUAAACCAUGUCUGUGUCAUUAGUGAGACUGGCAAAGACAAGUACAAAGCAUGAGAUGCAACUUGGUGUGCAGAGAAGCUUUGAAACACUUUGGGGAAACCCAUCAACUUCACCUCUGGACCACCAGCUAAAUUUGUCCAAUGUUUCAGCCCUGUGACCAUCUGCUUAUUAGAGCUUUUUGCAUGUACUGUAUCUUGUCUGUUUUAUAUUUUAGGAAUGUCAAACAGUUGCUGCAGUUCUGAUUGCUGUUUCAUUUGCACUACAAAACCUAAAGAGACUAUCACUACCCCUGGGUGGGUUGUAUUGCUUGAAUUGCUGUUUGACUUAUGAAUGGGAAAUUACUUAAACCACACCGACACUGAAUUGAAAUAGUUAAAGUAUUGUGAAUGUAAGAGAUGUUUAAAGAGGAUAUAUUGAUUUUUUAAAUUGGUAAUUUAAUUUUAUAUGUUAAUGAAAAUGCAGAGAAGUGAUUGAAUAUUGUUAGUUAACACCUUUUCGGUGUCAAAGAGGGAGCAGUCAAUUUCAAUAUCUGUUCCAGUUCUGUUACAGAAUCCAAGAGGUUUGAUUAUUUUAUGAUAACCCUAUCUAUCUCCUGGAAUUACAUUAUUAUUUCAACAACUUUGGUUAUUGUUGCUAACAGGGUUAAAAUGGAAUCAAAGAAUUAAUUUUAUUGAGAUGGGCAAUAGAACGAAAAGCCAAAAAAAAGUUCGCUGAGCUGUCUGUCCCACUCUUACAAAUUAUUUCCUUUCUGUGCUCGCCAGUCAAAAGUAGUUUUCUUUUAAAGAUGAAUUGACAUUCUGGACAUUUUACUUUUGAAAUCUAUAAUGCAAAAUGCUUAAAAUAAAGGCUGUCUCUUUAAAAAAAAAAAA